AUGGAAAGGAAAUCAUUUUUAGAUCAAGAGGCACCUGAAGGAUAUGUUGCCGGUCUGGCAAGAGGGGCUGUUGGAUUUAGAACCAGUACAUCUCCAGAUAGUUUCAAUCGAGGUAUUGCCAUCGUACAAAAUGAAGAAGAUGAAGAAGAGGAUGACAAUAACAACAAAAGCACACCACAAUUGAAUGAAGAUGGGAUUUUAUCUACAAAUAAACGAGGCAAAGUAGAUGAAGAAGAUGAAGAAGCAGAUCGAAUAUAUAAUGAAAUUGAAAAGAAACUACAAUUCAAGAAAAGGAAAUCACCCAAUAAUGACAAUACUAAAACUAAACCUACUACCAUUGACAAUUCUUCUAGUCAAUUUUCUGAUUUGAAACGACAAUUGGCAAAUUUGACCGAAGAUGAUUGGUUGAAUCUACCUGAACCUGGUGAUAUGACUAGGAAAAACAAACGAACAAGAUUAUUAGAACAACAACAACAAAGAAUGUAUUCUGCUCCUGAUACCUUAAUUUCCAAUUCUAGUUCUACCACCAAUACAACAAAUUUCAAAUCCUUAUCUGAAUCAAGAGAUAAAUUAUUAGGGUCUCAAUUGGAUAAUCUACUACCGUCAUACAUUAAAAAUAAUGGCCAAUCUACAAGCACCACCACCACCACCACAGCCAAUGAGGAAUUACAACAAAGUAUUUUGAAUAUGACUGGGGUUGAACAAGAUUCUAAAUAUGCUGAUCUUCAAAAAAGUAGAGUUAUAUUAUCAUCACUUCGUAAAUCUGAACCAUAUAAACCAAGUUCAUGGAUUCUGUCUGCAAGAUUAGAAGAACAAGAAGGGAAGAAUUUAAAACUUGCUAAACAAUAUAUUUUAGAAGGAUGUAAAAAAUGUCCUAGAAAUGAUGAAAUUUGGUUAGAAAAUAUUCGAUUGAAUCAAUCAGAUAUUAAAUUAUGUAAACAAUUAAUUACCAAUGGUUUAAAUUAUAAUCCUAAAUCAGAAAAAUUAUGGUUAAAAGCUACAGAAUUGGAAAUUAACAAUAUUAAUAAACGUAAAGUAUUAAUGAAAGGUUUAGAAAAAUUGCCUAAUAAUAAUCAAUUAUGGAAACAAUUAAUUGAAUUAGAAAAUGAUCAAAAUAUGGUGAAAAAAUUAUUAUCAAAAGCCGUUCAAUUAUGUUCACAAGAUUGGGAAUUUUGGUCAGCAUUAUUAAAUAUAUCUAAUUAUGAAGAAAGUAAAAAACUAUUGAAUCAAGCUAGAAAAUCGAUUAAAGAAGUUAAAAAUAUAUCGAAAGUUUGGAUAACUGCUUGUCAAUUAGAAGAAAGAGAAUACGGUUCAAAUAAGAUUGAUAUUAAUAAAUUAAUUAAACUUAUGGAUAAGGCAAUGAAAGAAAUCCCCAUUGAUAAAAUGACAAAAAAUGAUUGGUAUAAAUUAGCUUGUGAUUCUGAAAAGGAAAAUUUUCAAGUCACUAGUAAAACAAUAAUUAUUAGUUAUUUGAAACUUCAGGGGUUAGAUCAAUCAAUAUUUGAAGAUGUUGAUAAAUUUUUCACUGAUGGAUAUAUUAUUGUUGGGAAAUCAAUAUUAGAUUAUAUUGUGACUACUAAUUCAUCUAAUGAUAUUACCAAAUGGAAACGAAUCUUUGCUUUGGUUAAGAAAUUCAAUCAAGAAGUAUCAUUAUCGUUGUUAUUUACAUAUUAUGAUAAGGCAAUUUCUUUAAAUCCUCAAGUACCUUUGUUUUAUUUGAUGUAUGCCAAAGAUAAAUGGCAAUUAUCUAAAGAUAUCCCCCAAGCUAGAUCGAUUUUAGAUUCAGGUGAACUGGUGAAUCCAACUGAUUUAUCAAUAAAAUUUGCAAUAAUUAAAUUAGAACUUAAAGCAGGUAAUUUACAAAAUGCUUCAAAAUAUAUUAAAGCCAUACUUGAUAGAACACCCAUGGAAUCAGAGAAAUUUUGGUAUAAAUAUAUUCAUAUUUUACGAUGUCUUAAUAGUGAUAUAAUCAUAUUAAAAGAAGUCAUACAAAAGGCAUUAGAAUUAUUCCCCAAUUGUUGGAAAUUAUAUCUUCAAAAUAUUGAAAUUUUAGAAGAUAUUAAUGAAUUGGAAGAAGCAAGAGAAAUUGCUUUAGUGGGUGUUAAAAAAUGUCCUCAAUGUAUAUAUUUAUGGAUAAAAUUAUCACAAAUUGAUGAAAAGGCCAAAAUCAUAAUUCGAGCUCGAUCAAUAUUAGAUCAAGCAAUAUUAGCAAAUUCUAAUAACCCUGAACUCUGGGUUUAUAAAAUUCAAUUUGAAAAAAGAAUUGGGAACUCAUCAUCAUCCAUACAAAAUUUAACUAAUAAAGCCAUUAAACAAUUCCCUAAUGAUCCUUGGUUAUGGAUUAUUAAUUUAUCAUUAAUUCUGAAAAUGUCUCAACGUAAAACAAUUUUCUUAGAUGCUUUAAAGGCAACUAAUAAUUCAAAUUUAAUAUUAUUAAUCAUUGGGAUAUUUUUUUGGUUUGAUGGGAAAUAUUCCAAAAGUAAAAAUUGGUUUGAAAGAAGUUUACAACUGGAUAAUACUAAUGGUGAUACUUGGGGUUGGAUGUAUAAUUAUUUGAAAAAAUUUGGUACAACAAAAGAAUUGGAUACAUUCUUAAUUGAUUAUGAAUCCAAAUAUGAUUCAAUUAAUAAAGGUCAAUUCUUCAAUAAAAUUAAUAAAGAUAUUAAAAAUUAUAAUAAAUCACCUAAAGAAAUUUUAGAUAUUGUCGCUAUAGAAGUUUUAAACUACAUCAAAUAG